GUUUUGCACUGACUGCAAAAACAAAGUGCUGCGAGCGUACACCAUUCUGAUCGGCGAGCUGGACUGCAGCAAAGAGAAGGGCUACUGUGCAGCGCUGUAUGAAGGGCUGCGUUGCUGUCCCCACGAACGCCACAUCCAUGUGUGCUGCGAGACGGACUUCAUCGCGCACCUCCUUGGCCGGGCGGAACCUGAGUUCGCAGGAGGGUAUGAGCGAAGAGAGAGGCACGCCAAGACCAUCGACAUAGCUCAGGAAGAGGUCCUCACCUGCCUGGGCAUUCACCUGUAUGAAAGGCUGCACCGGAUCUGGCAGAAGCUCCGGGCGGAGGAGCAGACGUGGCAGAUGCUCUUCUACCUUGGUGUCGAUGCUUUACGGAAAAGCUUUGAGGUAAGGAAACACAGGUCUGCGUUGCCUGCUCGCUGCUGCUGUGGGAAGAUGGUAAGAACGGGAACCAAUUGCAGAAUCCUAAUAGGGCCCAUUGCUCAGGGGCCAAGUCUCCUGUCAUCCCCUCCCCCUGCUUUUCCAGUCAGAACAGUUUUCUGGAGAUUCAAAGUGCAGUCUGGAAGGGUUUGUGCUUUGGAGUUUCCCCCUAAUUUUCAUAGUUAGUGUCUGUGAAGACAGUGGACACUAGAAAAUUCUCCCCCAAGACUUAGGGGUGUGCAUAUGACUUCCGCAAGUCUGUGGUCUUGAGUUUCAGGGAUCUUGAGGAAAGCACAACCGUGUCCUGCAACGUAGAAAGUAAAAGAUAUGGGGGGGGGGAUUUUAAAAUGGUUGGAUUUAAAGCUUUUUUGAUGUGCAAAGGACUUACAGGUGUGUUUCUGUUUUCCUGUGUAUUGCAGUACAUUGGGCAUGCUUUCCUUGGGAGUCUUAGUUGAUAGUUCCAUGGGAAUGUCAACU